UAACCAAGGUUAAUAGAGGCGCACAAAACCGCGUUGGUUCUUCUGUCUACCCCUGGUAAGUGGUAACAUCCUCUUCUGUGUUCCCCACAUUAUGCAUACCAUCUUCACUUCUAUACAGACCAAAUCAAUUUCAGAUAAAGAAAGAGAAAUUGAGAAAAAGAGAGAGAAAAUGAGGCUUCUCAGUUUACUGGAUGAAGAGAAAGAAGAAGAGUUACAAAAGGAGAAAGCAAGAGAGUUUAAACUCUAUGAAGCAGCCAUGAAGGGCACUGUAACAUCUCUCCUAAGCCUUCUUCAUGAAGACCCUCUGAUCUUCAACAGAGCCACACCAUCCUCAAUCUCCGAUUCACCGUUGCACGUUUCAGCUCUUCUGGGUCACCUCGAAUUCACUAAAGAACUACUGAGUCGAAAGCCCGAGUUGGUCAAAGCGUUGAACUCAGACGGUUCAUCCGCGCUUCACGUGGCAGCGGCAAAAGGGUACGUGGAGAUAGUGAAAGAACUGUUGGUGGUAAAUCCUGAUAUGGGUUUUGUGUUGGAUCAUAGUGGGAGGACUCCUCUACAUCUGGCUGCGAUCAAAGGACGAGUUGGGGUAUUGACCGAGUUGAUCCGGGUUAAACCGGAGGCGACUCGGAAGUUGACCCGUUGGGGAGAGACUUGUUUGCAUUUGUGUGUGAAAUAUAAUCGUUUGGAGGCUUUGAAGGUUUUGGUGGAAAGCCUAAAGAAAGAUGAUCAGUUUGUUAAUUGGAAGGAUGAAAAUGGUAGCACCAUAUUACAUCUUGCUGUGGCCAAUAAACAGGUCGAGAUCAUUAAGUUUCUGCUCAUUUACACUGGGAUAGAGAUAAACACAAGAAAUGCAAAGGGUUCCACAGCAAUAGACAUCUUAUCACAAGGUCCCAGAGACCUGAGAGACAUGGAAAUCAAACACUGUCUUCACCAUGGCAGAACUUCAACAAUGGAGAAAACACCAUCAGUCAUAGCAGAUGGAGAUACAAGAAGGCCUUCUUCGACUUCAAGAUCAAAACCCCAAGACACCAUCAACAAAAGUACUAAACAGCAGCCUAAGGAACAGAGACAGACAGACUGGCUGGGCAGAAAAAGAAGUGCACUAAUGAUUGUAGCAUCACUUCUCGCUACUGUCGCCUUCCAAGCUGGCCUAUCCCCACCAGGCGGUUUAUGGCAGAACGACGAAUUGGUAGACACAAAUGGAAACACGGUGGACAAACCACAUGAAGUGGGUCAAUCCAUAAUGGCCUACAACAAUCCCAAAGCAUAUGGGCAGUUCAUGAUCUUCAACGCCAUUGCUUUUCUGGCGUCACUGAGCAUAAUUCUACUGCAAAUCAGCGGUUUGCCACUGAGGAGACGGCGGUGGAUGUGGACGCAGAUGGUGACUACUUGGAUUGCCAUUACUGCACAGACUGGAACGUACUUCAUUGCAUUUCUUCAGUUGACGCCGUCACAUGUUGAGGGUACGCUGUUUCAUGUGACUAGGAUUUCGGUUAUGGGGUGGCUUUCGCUGAUGGCUGUUGUGUUGAUUGGGAAUGUUAUUAGAGUAGUAGUGUAUUUCCUUAGAAAGUAUGGUUGCAUUCAGGGAAAGGAGUGGGAGGUUUCGGUUUAUACAGAAAAUAAUGAGAACGAAGACCUUUGAGAAUGAUAGUUUCACCCAGGUUGAUGUAGAUCUCUUCUUCUCUGAAGUUAGAAUAUCUGGAGAUGCUAAAAAACUUUAUUUCUUUUCUUCUUUUUUGGACAUUUUCAUAUUUCACAGUUCGAAAAAAAAAAAUUUCACUAUUUGGCAUGAAAUUUGCUGUGUGGAAGUGUAGGCAUAUUCUAUGAUUAAGGAAAAAACCAUU